UGGUGCCGGGGGGGGGGAGGGGAGUGGGAAUGUUGGCGCGCUGGACCUGCCGGUGGAAGGUCGCGCUGAUCGGGGGAAGAUCGACAUUUUAGAAUUCAUAGAUGCUAAUAACGCGCCUACCGGUGGGGUUUGCACGCGGACCGACUGGGGGAAGGCGGCGCGGCGCGGAUCGUGAGAACGUGCCACGAGACAGGAAAGCGGUGCAGGCAAAGGGGGCGGGGUUCGCGCGGAUCUCCCCGGUGAAGGUGGCGCAGAUCGGGGGAAACUUGCAGCAGCAACAAGUGCAUCAUCCUCCACAACGAGAUCGGCAUGCCGCCAUAGCCAACCGUGAAGGAGCUUCCAGUCCCGUCGACGUGGAUGUACCAUCACAGGGAGUGGUUCCUGUGGCAGCACCCGAGGUCGCGGCGGCCUUUCCGAGGCCUGUGGAAGCGCGAACAUGUCGGGAUCCCAUCUGGUUGGGCAUGUUUGUGAUCCAUCUGCUAGUUGUGGGGUACUUCCUUUACACGUGCCAUCUCCCUCAAAACAGUGAGGGAGAGGUAUUGAGAGCGAAUGACAUUGAUCUGAGGAAUAAAUGGGGUGCUAUUCACAGUUUGGGGGGAGUUAAUGAGGAUAAUGAUGAUACUAGUGAUGAUGAUAAUGAUGAUGAUGACAAUAAUGGUGAUAAAACUGGGGAAGGCUAUAAUGACGGUGAUAACAAAUCGUUGGAAUCCUUGAAAUCACCUCAAAAUGGUGAUGGUGAUCAUGAUCAUGAUGAUGAUGACGAUGAUGAUAAUGACGAUAAUGGACCUCAAAACGGUGAUGGUGAUCAUGAUGAUGAUGCCGAGGAUGAUGUUGAGGAUAAUGGUCAUAUGAGUCGUUGGAAUCACAGGACUGGGGAUGAAGAAACAGAAGAUGCAAACGCAGCAAAUACCGAUGAGGACGGGGUGCAUUGGUGGCUUGUUACGUUAUUUGCAGUGAGCUUGUUUUGGACAGGUGCCGUGUUUGCAAACAUCAUGCACGUGAUGGUGGCAGGCGUCGUUGCUCUUGCAGUCGUCCAUUCUGCAGACGAUAGAGUGCCAAUGCCGCGCUAUCCGACGCUGUCUUCACUGAGGCAUGCACUCACCACCUCCUUAGGCAGCAUCUGCCUUGGCUCCCUCUUCACGGCAGCAUUCCGUGUCCUCCGAUGGGCGGUUCGCAGUGUGCGCGCAAGAACUGGCAAAAAUGAAUGCUGCAAUUGCUGCCUGGCAUGCCUUUUUGGCUUUGUUGAGGGGUUCGUUCGCUUCUUCAAUAAGUAUGCCUAUGUCCAGGCGGCGCUGGAUGGAAAGCCAUUCAAUAAGGCAGCCAGGGAUGCAUGGGAGCGCUUCCAGAUGACAGGGGUGGAGGCAUUGAUAGCUUACGAUGUGACAGGAGCAGUCCUUGUCAUGAUGAUCAUGUUAGGAGGGCUGAUAACAGGAACAUGUGCUGGCCUGUGGACCUACUACAUGAGGCAGGACCGAGCCAUCAUGGUCGCCCUCACUUCCAUGCUGAUGGGAACGAUGCUGGUGGGAUUAGCGUUGGUGGUCGUGGAGAGUGCCAUCACUUGUUUAUAUGUUUGCUACGCUGUCGAUCCGACGAUUGUUGCAAGAUGGGACCCGGAAUUUGCGAUCGAAUUAGAACGUCUUCUUCGGCAACGAAUGGAACAUCGUAGUGGACGCAAUGUUGAAGCUCCCAAGCCCUCCCUUGGGCAAAUCAUGUCGCCAAGGGCGGUGUCUGAGCCAAGCUACGGCAAUGAAGCCGUGGCUGGUGCGCCGAUGCCCAGGAUUUGCGACUGUUUGAAGACGAUGUUCUGUGGUCAGCUUGGCAAUGGCGUAUGGUUGUCCAUGGGUCUAGCUUCCUUCCUCGUCACAGUCUAUAUGAUGUGUGUGGUGUUGGAAAAUACAAUGGCUGGGAGGGCUCCAUCAUCUCCUUCUACCUGGACUUAUACCACUCCCAUCAUCGUCAGAGCUGAGGACCCUCAAGCAGUGCCAAACAGUCGGUCACUCCAUCACCGUCAGCUUGGCGAUGGCAUAUGGUUGUCCAUGGGUCUGGCCUCCUUCCUUAUCAUAGUCAAUAUGAUGUGUCUGGUGUUGGAAAAUACAAUUGCUGGGAGGGCUCCACCAUCUCCUUCUACCUGGACUUAUACCACUCCCAUCACCGUCAGAGCCGAGGACCCUCAGGCAGUGCCAAACAGUCGGUCAUCCGUCACCGUCAGCUUGGCAAUGGCGUAUGGUUGUCCAUGGGUCUGGCCUCCUUCUUUAUCAUAACCAAUAUGAUGUGUGUGGUGUUGGAAAAUACAAUGGCUGGGAGGGUUCCACCAUCUCCUUCUACGUGGACUCGUACCACUCCCAUCGUCGUCAGAGCUGAGAGGGUCCUUUAUGGAGAGCACAGAUUUCAUUGAUCUUCGUUCACACGGCGUCCAGGUCACAGUUGCCGCCCGGGAAAGCCUCUGCCCGAGUCUGCCGGCUUAUUUGCAGUAACUAAGGACCUCCGCGAGAGCUGCAUGUGAGGGAACUUGCACAUACGGUUCGGGAAAGAUAGGCAGGCGGCAGGGAACUUGCACGUACUGUUCGGGAAAGAUAGGCAGGCGGCAGGGAACUUGCACAUACAGUUCAGGAAAGAUAGGCAGGUGCGAGGGAACUUGCACUUACGGUUUGGGAAAGGUAGGCUAUCUGACACCUGCUGGUCACAGUUGCCCACCGGAGAAGCCUCUGCCAGCUUAUUUGCAGUCACGGACGAAGGACCUCGGUGAGAGCUAUAUGUGAGGGAACUUGCACAGACGGUUCAGGAAAGGUAGGCUACCUGAUGCCUGCCUAUUUAUGAACGAACGACGUGGUUGGUAUCUGGCGAUGGGGCUUGCCGCACCACUUGCCAAACGCCAACAUUUUGAAUGAAUCUGGACCAGUGCAAGGUCUAGAUGCAUUCCAGGGUUCAGUUGACUGGCUUUCUGUUGACCUCCGCGUGGUUAGUAUCUGGCAAUGGGGCCUGCUGCACCACUGCCAAAUGCCAACAUUUUGAAUGAAUCUGGACCUAUGCCAGGUCUAGAUGCAUUCCAGGGAUAAGUUGACUGGUUUCCAGUUGUCCUUGGCGUGGCUGGUAUCUGGCAAUGGGGCUCACACCACUCACUGAACGCCGACGUUUUGAAUGAAUCUGAACCAAGGCCUGGUCUGGAUACAUUAGAAAUGUUGGUGUUUGGCGAGUGGUGCGGUGAGGGCCAAAGUCAGAACACUGCUCGGUUAACUCAGACAUGGAUCAGUGGAUGUCAGGAUGAUGUGCAAUCGAGACAGCUGACGUCAGAUUGGCGUUGAUGUGGCAGCCUCUUGUGCAAAUGUCAAACUUGCAGUGAAGGAUCUACUUUUGCAUCUACCGUCUUCACCCGAAUAGAACGCCCGGUCAUUAUCGCUGCAUCUGGACUGAAAGUUGGGCCGAAUGCAGCUAUAAUGACCGGGUGUUCUAUUCGGGUGAAGACGGUAGCCUGCUCAAGGUAAGUGGCGUAUAACAGCUUGAUAGUCGGGAACCAAGCUGCGUUUGCUUGUGUCCGGAAGAUUUUAUGGUCUGUUUGAGAGCCGAACUCAGAAGGGAAAAUUUUGAAACGACAACAGCACCAGCCUGCAGAGAAGGAUCUGGUGGUUUUGCAUCUAGCCUGCUCGAAGAAGGGAAGUUAUAAAACGACAACAACAGGACCGGAUUUCAAGCUCAGAAGCUGGUUUUGCAUGUCGUCUGCUUGAGGUAAGGCGGCUUAACAGUUUGAUGGUCAGGGACGAAGCUUUGUUUGUGUCCGGAAGACUCAUCCAUCUUUUUCAGAACUGAGCUUGCGAUGACCUGGCAAGUGAUCGAAUCCUCACCUCCUCAAGCUGUUUGAGGGGGUACUUGUUGUGGGUAAAGUCCGAUCAGCUAGUCGCAGCGAGCAGCGCCCGUCUCUCGGGUUGUUGGUUGGCGGAUAUAGAUAGUCCAUAAUUCAUUCUCCUUUCUUUUAACGCGCUGUGCCUCCGGCUUGUCUUGAUGUUCGUACCGUUUCUAUACUUUGUUUUUCAUUGUAACAUAUUUGCCUUUGCCCUUACAGGUUGGAAUUCAGGAUCACCCGAAAGUGCAAACGCUGGGGGCGAUGGAGGAGCAUCCUAAUUUUCUAGCGCCAAGGGUUUGAAGUUUCCCUUUUAAUAAUCUCCAUUUUUUGUCGCUUAAUAAUUGUGUAGCACGGAUUCUUCACUUAUUGCCCCCCCCUGCCGCAAUAACAGCUUUGUGCAG